AUGGCGGUGCAGGCAGCAGAAAACGACGCGAUUGUAGUGGAGGACGAGCAGCUUAAUGACUCAUUGGGGAGCGUCGGCCUCAUCUCACCUGACAAGGAGGAUUUAGCACGGCUUCUGACAGUACCCUUCAGUGGACGCAUACGAGGCGGCAUGAGGCCCGGCAAGAAGAUCAUAGUGAUGGGCAUUGUGGACUUGGAGCCAGACAGUUUUGAUGUGAGCCUGACCUGCGGCCGGGACAAGGACAAGGAGGAGGUGGCCUACGACGUGGCCCUAAAACUCACCGCCCGCUUCUCAGACCGUCAGUUCCUGCGAAGCGCCCGUGUGGCCGGCAAGUGGACAGAGGCAGAGGCCUCCACCGCCUACUUUCCCUUCAUCCCAGAUCAGCCUUUCAGGGUGGAGAUCCACUGCGAGCACCAGAGGUUCCGGAUAUUCGUGGACGGACACCAGCUCUUUGACUUUUACCACAAAGUAAAAUUUUUGGCCUCCAUCGACACGGUACGGAUAGACGGAGACCUACAGAUCACCAAACUGGGCUAA